UCGGCCAUGGCCACCGUCGUCGGCGAGGCGACCCAGGUGCUGUGCGCGGCCGGGGGCGCCUUGGAGGUGCCGGAGCUACGGCGUCGCUUGUGGGCGGACAUGGGCCCCGACGCGCUGGAGCGGCUGCUGCGGGAGCGCGGGCGCUUCGUGGUGGUGCGGCGGGCGGACGCGGGCGGCGCGGCGGCGGCCCCCGAGCGCUUGGUGCUGGCCGCCUCGUCGCUGCGCCUGUGCCGCGCGCACCAGGGCCCCAAGCCCGGCUGUGUGGGGCUCUGCGCGCAGCUGCACCUCUGCAAGUUCAUGAUCUACGGCGCCUGCAAAUUCCUGAGGGCCGGGAAGAACUGUAGAAAUAGUCACAGCUUGACGACCGAUCACAACCUGAGUGUGCUAAGAACUCAUGGCGUUGACCACCUCAACUAUAGCGAGCUGUGCCAACUCUUGUUUCAGAACGACCCCUGGCUUUUGCCAGAAAUCUGCCAACAUUACAACAAAGGAGAUGGACCCUAUGGCUCUUGUUCCUUUCAAAAGCAAUGUAUCAAGCUCCAUGUCUGCCAGUAUUUUUUACAGGGGGAAUGCAAGUUUGGCACUAGCUGUAAGAGAUCCCAUGAUUUCUCUAAUUCAGAGAAUCUGGAAAAAUUGGAGAAUUUGGGCAUGAGCCCAGACCUGGUGAGCAGGCUGCCUUCCAUUUAUAGAAAUGCACAUGACAUCAAGAAUAAGAGCUCCACCCCGAGCAGAGUGCCGCCUCCUCAUUCUCCAGGCCCACAGGGGACUUCUGAAGGAAAAAACAGUUCAGGUCCUAUGUCCCCAAAUACUCUUAGCCAGGAGGAGAGUGAUCAGAUCUGCUUGUACCAUAUCCGGAAAAGUUGCAGCUUUCAAGAGAAAUGCAAUAGAGUUCAUUUCCAUUUGCCAUAUCGAUGGCAAUUCUUGGACGAAGGCAAAUGGAAGGAUUUGGACAAAAUGGAGUUUAUUGAAGAGGCAUAUAGCAAUCCCAGGAAAGAGAGUAUCCUGUUCACCGAGUUGGCCAGUAGUUUUCACUUUCUUCAAUAUGAAAAAUGUCUGAACUUUGUCUCCAUGACGUUUGGUGCUGCCCGGGCUCGCCGCCUCUCCACGGCCUCUUCCGUCACCAAACCCCCACACUUCCUUUUCACCACUGACUGGGUUUGGUACUGGGCCGAUGAGUUUGGUUCUUGGCAGGAAUAUGGAAGACCAGGCACAGCACACCCUGUGACCACCAUCAAGAGUAGCGAUGUGGAGAAGGCCUACCUGGCGUACUGCGCACCAGGGUCUGAUGCCCAGGCAGCCACCCUGAAGUUCCAGGCUGGGAAGCACAACUACGAGUUAGACUUCAAAGCCUUGCAGAAGAUCACCCUCAGUUCUUCCUCAGAAGAGUAUCGGAAAGUCUGGAGCCUCUUUAACCGCACGCUGCCUUUCUACUUUGUUCAGAAGAUUGAGCGAGUCCAGAACCUGGCCCUCUGGGAGGUCUACCAGUGGCAAAAAGGGCAGAUGCAGAAGCAAAAUGGAGGGAAGGUGGUGGACGAGAGGCAGCUGUUCCAUGGCACCAGUGCCAACUUCGUGGACGCCAUCUGCCAGCAGAACUUUGACUGGCGAGUCUGUGGCCUUCAUGGCACUUCCUACGGCAAGGGGAGCUACUUCGCCCGCGAUGCUGCGUAUUCCCACCACUACAGCAAAUCUGACACGCAGUCCCACAUGAUGUUCCUGGCACGGGUGCUGGUGGGCGAAUUUGUCAGGGGCAACGGUACCUUUGUCCGUCCCCCGGCCAAGGAAGGCCAGAGCAACGUCUUCUAUGACAGCUGCGUGAACAGUGUGUCCGACCCCUCCAUCUUUGUGGUCUUUGAGAAGCACCAGGUCUACCCAGAGUACCUCAUCCAAUACACCACUGUCGCCAAGCCUUCCGUUGGGCCCUCUGUCCUGCUCGCGUUGGGCUCCUUGUUUGGCAGCCGCCAGUGAGGGGUGCACCAGGUGAUCUGUGGCCUUCCAGGCUGAUCCUCCCUGAAAUAGCUGU